UCUUCUCCUCUUUAGUUGUUCUUUCUAGACACAAAAUUCCUUCUUCUUCUUCUUCUUAUUUUUUUUUUUAAAAAGGGCUUUUAUUUUUUUUUUCGUUUUGAAAAUACUACUAGUCGAUAACUAGGAAAAAGAAAAGUUGAAGGGUAGAUCGGGAAAAAAAUGUCGCAACGGUCGGUGCCGGCGCCGUUUUUGACGAAGACGUACGAGAUGGUGGAUGAUACGGCGACGGAGGAUGUGAUAUCAUGGAGUGAGAGUGGUGAAAGUUUUGUUGUGUGGAAACAUGCGGAUUUUGCAAGGGAUUUGCUUCCAAAAUAUUUUAAACACAACAACUUCUCAAGCUUUGUUCGCCAGCUCAACACCUAUGGAUUCCGAAAGGUCGUGCCAGACAAAUGGGAAUUCGCAAACGAACAUUUCAAGCGAGACAACAAAGAGCUUCUCUUCUUAAUCAAACGCCGCAAAGUCGUUCCCCAACCUUCGUCACACCCCCCGGAAGCCGUUAAAACCGGCGCCGAAGGCAACUCUCAAUCAAACUCCGGCAGCGAUGGCGUGGGGUCCACAUCAACUUCCACCUCAUCCUCCAAUUCAAAGAACCCUGGAUCAGUAGAAACAACAAUUCCCCAAAGCGCGAAUUUAUCGAGCGAGAACGAGAAAUUGAGAAAAGAUAACGAAACAUUGAGUUCAGAAUUGGCACGUGCGAAAAAGCAGUGCGAUGAGUUGGUGGGUUUUCUAAAGGACCGUUUAAACGUGGGUCCCGAUCAAAUCGAUCGCAUUUUGAAAGAUGGUAGUUGUGAAUUUGUUGAAAAUGCGGUAGGUGAAGAAGUUGAAGGUGGUGGUGGUGGUAGAAGAGAUUGUUUGAAACUGUUUGGUGUUUGGUUGAAAGAGGAAAAUUUAACAGACAAAAACAAGAGAGCCCGUGAACAACAAUUGGGCUUUGGUGGGCCUCGUCUUAAAGUCACAAAAACUGUUGUUGACUUUAGUGAUGUCAAUGUCAUCAAGAGUGCCAAGAUUUGCAACUGAAAUAGUGUGUAUCAACUUAGCUUGCCACGCAAUUCACCUUCACAAAUACAAUUUGUUUUUAUAAAUAAAAAUUAAUACCGAAUUUGCUACCCCUAAUAUGUUUGUUUCACAUGUUUAAGUUCUGUUAAUUUUAAUUAGGUAAUAAGCUUAUACGGAUAUUAGUAUUUGCAGUUGUAAAAUUAAACAUAAUAUGAUAGUUGAUGUAUGUUGUUAGUAUUA